CAUUUGACAGGAAGGACUCAAUACAGAGCAGAAGAGGGAAAUUUUUUUUUUCCCUAUAAAACUUCAACGACCUUCAUGUGAGCACCCAUCGUCUCUCCUCUUUCUUUGCUGCUUUUGAGGACCCCACUUAUUAUACAGCUUCUCUGAUACUUGAAAUAUCUGUAUUAAUAGAGAGAAGGAGAGAAUUGUUUGUUCGGUUUUGUAUUUGAUUUGUUAGUUUGUGACUGUUUGUUUCGAAGAAGAACUAGAGAAGCGAGAAGAAAUGGCGAAGAAUGUAGGAAUUCUCGCUAUGGACAUCUACUUCCCUCCUACCUGUGUUCAGCAGGAAGCACUAGAGGCUCAUGACGGCGCAAGUAAAGGAAAAUAUACCGUUGGACUUGGACAAGAUUGCAUGGCAUUUUGUUCUGAAGUGGAAGAUGUCAUCUCGAUGAGUUUGACAGCUGUUUCUUCACUCCUUGAGAAGUAUAAUAUUGAUCCUAAACAAAUUGGUCGUCUGGAAGUUGGCAGUGAAACUGUGAUUGACAAGAGCAAAUCUAUCAAGACCUUCUUGAUGCAAAUUUUUGAGAAAUAUGGAAACACUGAUGUUGAAGGUGUUGACUCAACUAAUGCCUGUUAUGGGGGGACAGCAGCUUUACUCAACUGUGUCAACUGGGUUGAGAGCAACUCAUGGGAUGGACGCUACGGACUUGUAGUGUGUACUGACAGUGCGGUCUAUGCAGAAGGUCCAGCCCGACCUACUGGAGGAGCUGCAGCCAUUGCAAUUCUAAUAGGUCCAGAUGCACCUAUUGCUUUUGAAAGCAAAUUUAGGGGGAGCCAUAUGUCUCACACUUAUGAUUUUUACAAGCCCAACCUGGCUAGUGAAUACCCGGUUGUGGAUGGCAAGCUUUCUCAAACGUGCUACCUCAUGGCUCUUGAUUCCUGCUACAAAAAUUUUUGUGCCAAGUAUGAGAAAUUCAAGGGCAAACAAUUCUCUAUAUCUGAUGCUGAAUAUUUUGUAUUUCAUUCUCCUUAUAACAAGCUUGUACAGAAAAGCUUUGCUCGUUUGGUGUUCAAUGACUUUCUGAGAAAUGCUAGUUCUAUUGAUGAGGCAGGUAAAGAAAAGCUUGCACCAUUUGCAACUUUAUCUGGUGAUGAGAGCUACCAAAACCGAGAUCUUGAAAAGGUAUCCCAACAAGUUGCCAAGCCCCUUUAUGAUGCAAAGGUGCAACCAACCACUUUGAUACCAAAGCAAGUUGGCAAUAUGUAUACUGCAUCUCUGUAUGCAGCAUUUGCAUCCCUUCUUCACAAUAAACAUACUGAAUUGGCAGGCAAUCGAGUGAUACUGUUCUCAUAUGGAAGUGGUUUGACGGCCACAAUGUUCUCGUUGCAACUAAAUGAAGGCAAAUAUCCCUUUAGCUUGUCAAACAUUGCAAAUGUGAUGAAUGUUGCAGGAAAGUUGAAGGCAAGGCAUGAGUUCCCCCCAGAGAAGUUUGUAGAGACCCUGAAGCUAAUGGAGCAUAGGUACGGGGGUAAAGAUUAUGUGACAAGCAAGGAUUGCGGCCUCUUGGCUCCUGGAACAUACUAUCUCACAGAAGUUGACAACAUGUACCGGAGAUUCUAUGCCAAGAAGGCUACUGAUAUUGCAGUCGAAAAUGGUUCGGUGGUUGCGAAUGGUCACUAAUAGCCAAGUGGAAUAGUCGUGAUACUCCAGGAACUUCAGCUGUUAUGGUUUUCUAGAUGCUUAGUCCUAAGGGCAUUUAUGUUCUCUUGAAGUUUGUACUCUAUAGCAAAUAGUUUGUUCAGCCAGUAAUUUUUUUUCUCUUAAUAAAAUUACUCUUAAUGUCUGUCUCCCUAAUUUGUUGAUUGUCCUUUUUGUUUCGUUUGUUGCUCGUCCUUGAUAUAAAACGGACCUAUUCUUUUUGAGUC